CACUGCCUGCUUAUUCAUCAGGUACAAAGGUUGAACAAAAACAAAGUGCUGUUGCAUCAUAUUAUUUCUUGUCAGUGCAUUGAAAAAUCUGCUCUUGUGCACAUAUGCUGCUCUAAAAAGCAACAGAAAGAACCACUGUAGAAACCACUGCAGAAGUCAGCGGUAUUCUCAUACUGGCAUAUAAAAGUGUUGCUUUUUACUAGGCUCUAAACAUGACACUCUCUUGGCUUGUGAUCUGUGCUGGAACACUGUUUUUGAAUCCUGUCUCUGCUGACUGCAACUUUACUUCUCAAACUGUCACUUGUGAGGCGUCUGGAAAGAACCUCUCUAAUAUACCCAGUAACCUUUCCCAAAAUGUUACUAUAUUAAGCCUCAAAAAUAAUAAAAUCACUUUAAAAGAUAUCGACAAAGAGAUUCUUCAAAGUUUUAUUAAACUCAUUGAACUUUACCUGAAUGAAAACAUGAUUAUUGUACUGUAUAACAAUAGCUUCUGCAAUCUGACAAAACUGGUAAUUCUGGAUAUCAGCAGCAACCGUAUUAGCACAGUUCAUAAGACAGCAUUUGCAGGAUUAAAUCAACUGUCAGUGUUGAAUCUAUCCUAUAACAUGAUUACUCAACUAGAUCCUUAUACAUUUACUUGUCUAAAAAGUCUGACAGCUUUAAAUCUACAGUAUAACCCUCUGAAAUAUUUUCAUAUAAAAUCACCCUUUAAAUUGAUUAAAAUAGUUUUAGCUGGAAACCCCUGGACCUGCUCCUGUGACCUCCUUGAUUUACAGAUAUGGCUAACUGCCUCCAAUGUGACAAAGGAAAAUGAAAACAACACUAUAUGUACGUUCCCAAAUACCAAGGAAAAAUGCUCCAUCAAAACAGUAGCUAUUCAACCAGCUGACUGCAAAACUGAACAAGCUUCUUUAGAAAACACUGUAACUUCCGCUUCUGCCAUUAAGCUUAAAAGUAGCGCCUUCCUAACAGCUCGGACUCCAAACAUCACUGAAAACAAUGGGACGCAUGCAGAGUUACCACUUCCUGGCAAAAGCUGGACCUUCCUAGCAGGUGUCCUAGGGUUUGUCCUAAGCAUUACACUCCUGAUUUUUAUGGCUGCAAAAUGCCCAACAUGGUAUCGCUAUUUGAUAAGCUACAGUCACCGUCAUCUAGAAGAAAAUGACUCAGAGAUGUUUGAACAGGAAUUCUCAGCUGACAUGAGUUCUUUUCCUACAUUAUUGGAUACAAACAAUGAAGAUCCAAUUUCCCUUGAGAAAAUUCAUACAUGUGUGCCUGGGGAAGAUGGAUUUAUUGAGAAUAAAUACACUGAUACUUAUGCAACUGAGGAGAGUUAAUAAUGUCUUAAGGAUGAAGAACUGAUUUCUCAAAACUGUAGUACGCUUGUACUUCCGUAUUAUGCGACUUA